UAUCAGUGCAGGAAUAUCGCUUUGGUGCCUUGAUGAACUUCAGUUUGGUGAGCGGCGCCUUUCGGAAUCCCGAAAUUUUCCACGCUGUGCGCCCUCUGGCAGAAUCAGUCGCAAGCUCGUCUUUUCGUGUUUUGGUUUUUGUGAUGUGACGAAAUUGCAAGUUUUCUGCACUUUUUCACACAUUCCAAUGCCUGACAUCAAGAUAACACCGCUGGGCGCAGGCCAGGAUGUCGGCCGCAGCUGCAUUUUGCUCUCCAUGGGCGGCAAGAACAUCAUGCUGGACUGCGGAAUGCACAUGGGUUACAAUGAUGAGCGGAGGUUCCCGGACUUCUCCUAUAUCGUGCCCGAGGGCCCCAUAACGAGUCACAUCGAUUGCGUGAUCGUGUCGCACUUCCACCUGGAUCACUGCGGCGCCCUGCCGUACAUGUCUGAGAUCGUGGGCUACACGGGGCCCAUCUACAUGACACACCCCACCAAGGCGAUCGCGCCCAUUCUGCUGGAGGACAUGCGCAAGGUGGCCGUGGAGCGGAAGGGCGAGAGCAACUUCUUCACCACGCAGAUGAUCAAGGAUUGCAUGAAGAAAGUCAUCGCCGUGACGCUGCACCAGAGCGUAAUGGUGGAUUCGGAGCUGGAAAUCAAGGCGUACUACGCCGGACACGUGCUGGGCGCUGCGAUGUUCUGGAUCCGCGUGGGCAGCCAGAGCGUCGUGUACACGGGCGACUACAAUAUGACGCCGGACAGGCACUUGGGCGCGGCGUGGAUCGAUAAGUGUCGGCCGGACUUGCUCAUCUCGGAGAGCACGUACGCCACCACUAUUCGCGACUCGAAACGUUGCCGCGAGCGCGACUUCCUCAAGAAGGUGCACGAGUGCGUGGCCAGAGGCGGGAAGGUUCUGAUCCCUGUGUUCGCGCUGGGUAGAGCUCAGGAGCUGUGCAUCUUGCUGGAAACGUACUGGGAGCGGAUGAACCUCAAGUACCCGAUCUACUUUGCCGUGGGACUCACGGAGAAGGCCAACAACUACUACAAGAUGUUCAUCACGUGGACGAAUCAGAAGAUCCGCAAGACCUUUGUGCACCGCAAUAUGUUCGACUUCAAGCACAUUAAGCCCUUCGACAAAGGCUACAUUGACAAUCCCGGUGCGAUGGUGGUGUUCGCGACGCCCGGUAUGCUGCACGCCGGUCUGUCGCUGCAGAUCUUCAAGAAGUGGGCGCCACACGAGAACAACAUGGUCAUCAUGCCAGGUUACUGCGUGCAGGGCACUGUCGGCCACAAGAUCCUCGGUGGCGCCAAGAAGGUGGAGUUUGAGAAUCGCCAAGUCGUGGAGGUGAAGAUGUCCGUGGAGUAUAUGAGCUUUUCAGCGCACGCCGACGCCAAGGGCAUUAUGCAGCUUAUCCAGUACUGUGAGCCGAAGAAUGUGAUGCUGGUGCACGGGGAGGCACUCAAGAUGGAGUUCCUGAAGGAGAAGAUCAAGGAGGAAUUUGCCAUUGAGUGCUACACGCCCGCCAAUGGCGAGACCUGCGUCAUCAACACGCCUGUGAAAAUUCCCGUCGACGCCUCGCUUAGCCUGCUGAAGGCCGAGGCGCGCAAAUACAACGCCCAGCCGCCGGAUCCCAAGCGGAGACGCAUCAUUCACGGCGUGCUCGUGAUGAAGGACAACAAGAUCUCCCUCAUGAACGUGGAGGAGGUGUGCAAGGAGGCCGGCAUCAACAGGCACGUGAUGAAGUUCACGUCGACUGUGAAGCUGGAGGAUUCGGAUCCUGCCAUGCGAACCACUGAGAAGCUCUUCAAUCUGCUGCAGGAGAAACUGACGGAUUGGAAUGUGAUUCUGCACGAGAGUGGCACGAUUUCGGUUGAGAGCGUCGAUGUGUCCAUUGAGGACCUCAACGAGCAGCACAAGAAGGUCUUCGUCUCUUGGACCAACCAAGAUGAGGACUUGGGAAGCUACGUUCUGGGAUUGCUGCAAAACAUGGGGUAAUCUUGAGAUUUUACAGGGAUAUUUUACAGCGCGAAUGGGCGAGUUUUGAUCCAAAAUAAAGAGUGAAAAUGUUAA